AUGUGGGGCCCCCACCGCGGUGCGCGUGCGCGAAGCGGCCCAGGACGCAGCGCCGCUGGAGGAGGACGCGCCGCGGUUGCGGACCGGCCGUUUGGCGGUGGGGCGCCCCCGCCCGGCGAGGUCGUGGGAGACGGGCUGAGACGGCUGAGUCUGGGCAGGGCCGCGCUCCGCGAGCCCCGGCGGCUGCGCGGCUGUGCGCUGCGCUGGGGCCCGGGCCGGGCUCCAGUCCUGGUGGCGCUGGCCCUCCUCGAGCGUGGGACGAAAUACGGGGACGCCAUCCCGCUCCUCCGCCAGAAGCGCCGAGGAGCCAUCCACAGCGAGCAGCUGACCUACCUGGAGAAGCGCCGGCCCGAACAGAGGCUGCGCUUCAGAGACCACCACACGCGCGAGACUCGCUGCUGCGUCCUGUGGCUCAGGACCUCGGCUGGGCCUGGCUUCCGGACCUGGGGCCCCUGGUGGCCCUGCCGUGCCCUGCCCUGCCCAGCCCAGCCCAGCCCAGCCCAGCCCAGCGGGGGCUCCGUGCCUUGGCCGGCCCCACCUGCCUUUUUCUCCCUGAUGCCCCCAUCCCCCCAUCCGCUUUACCCCCCAUCCCCUCCGUGUGUCCUCCUGGCUCUUUGUCCCUGUCUCUGCCGUUUCCAUUGGUGGUGCUGCCCGUGGCUCUGUCUCUCCGAG